UCCUUUUUCCCCUGAGGCAACUCAUUUCAACUGCCUGUGAAUCAGGACCUGGAAACAGCAUGGCUGCCCAAGAGACUUCUGCAGAUAUCAGUAACAUUUCAGAGCUGGAUUCCACUUAUAUUGAGAGGUUGUACCCUCAAUCAAAUUUUAAUUUUAGCAAAAUUAUGGAAGAAAUGGAGCUAGAAUACCGGCAAAUUCGAAAGCAACUGCGAAGAGGGUUUAAUCCCAGAAUGAGAAGUGAAGCCAAAAGGUUAAAAACUUUCCUCUCCCUACCUAAUGAUUGUAAAUCAGCUUGGGCACCCUCCGAAAUGGCUGCAGCUGGCUUCUAUUAUACCAGUGUUAAGACUGCAAUACAGUGUUUUUGCUGUGGAUUAGUUUUGCUUGCAAGAAGUCUUGAAAGGCCACCUUUUGUGGAACAUAAAAAGCUAUGGUCCAGUUGCAAAUUUAUUUUAGGCAAAGAGGUUGGUAACAUCUGUAAAUAUGAUAUUCGAGUACAGAAUCUAGAGAACAAUUCUCUAGAAGUAAAAAAUAAGCACAAAGAAAUGGAGUCAAGACUUGAAUCCUUCACCAACUGGCCAUCUUAUUGCAAAGAGAUACAGCCUGCUUUACUAGCUAAUGCUGGAUUUUUCUAUACAGGUAAUCCAAAUGUAUAUUUAUUGUCUGAUUUCUAA